UUCGCCCCACAUCCUACUGAAGACAGUCGCAAGACAGCGGUAGAGGCAGCACAAGGGACUCAGCUGACGAAGGACAAUAAGGGCACUUUUAAUAUUAGAUCCUAUUAAAAGCUCACAGUCUUUAAGGGAUAUGAAGUUUUUAAGAUGGCUUGUGGUGUUGUGGCUAUGGGUGGCAGAGACCUUGGAAAUCUGCCCAGAAUCUUGCAAGUGCACCCAGAGAACCAGUGCGGAGAAAACUGAAGUCAACUGUCAUAAACGAAGGCUUCAGCACUUUCCAUCAGACCUACCGGAGGACUCUUGGAUCAUAAAAAUGGGUGAGAACUUACUCCAGGAACUCCCAGCCAACUUCCUAACAUCUCUCUCCAAAAUUGAAAGCGUGAACUUGGAGCGGAAUUCGUUCAAGUCAAUAAACCCUCAGGCCUUUUCUGGUGCCAGCAGACUUAUGCUUCUGAACCUGUAUGGAAACCAGAUAACCAGCCUCCCCCCAAAGGGCUUCAAAGACCUCCUCAACCUCCGCUUCCUCAUGCUGGGCCAGAAUCAGAUUGCCACUGUCAAACCUGAUAUGUUCACAGGCAUGAGAAACCUCUCGGAUCUGGACCUGCCCAUGAACUCUCUCACUAUGCUUCCUCCCAAUGCCUUCAAACCCCUUAUUGCUCUCAAGGUGCUGGACCUUGCCUUGAAUCGUAUUCAGAAGAUCUCACCCAAAGCCUUUUCUGGACUUGAAGAGUUGCUUUUUCUCAACCUGGACAACAAUGGCCUGAAGAAUAUCCAAGCUGGGACUUUUAAGCCUGUGAGCAACCUAGAGAUGCUGGUGUUGGACAACAACCUUCUCUCCACAAUGACAUCAUCAACACUGGAGGGGCUGUCGAACCUGCAGGAGCUCUAUGUGAGGAGCAACCAAAUUGAGAAGCUGCCAGCCGAUGUAUUCCGUCACACACCCAAGCUUAGCCAGGUGGCAUUCACUGGAAAUCGACUUAACACCAUUGAUGGCAAUAUGUUGGCCAACAUGCAGGGACUGAAAGCUGUGUUUCUUCACAACAACCCGUGGAGAUGUGACUGCAACAUUAACUCUCUGGUGUACUACAUUGCUCAGACCAGUGCUAAUCACGCUGCUCUGGAAAGGCUCAGGUGUGUAAGCCCAGAGGAACACCGUGACAGACCUGUCCACCAACUCAAGUCUGAGGACCUUCCCUGUCGGGCCUAGAUUUAAGAUAUCAUGACAUAAAUGUUCUGCAAGUAGGUGAGAAAGCGAUAAUAGCAUAAGAUUUUCUGUAAUUGAAUGGUAAUGCCUUACAUAACUCUGAGCACAAUGACUUUGACAAGACAAUGAUAGGGGAACCCUUGCUACAGAUAAUCGGCAUAAUUUCCCUCCCACACAAGCCGGUUAUUUUCAGACCACCCGGAGACAUAUUACUACACAAUAUGCUCAUUUCUGGUGGCUCAUCUCCUCUCUUCACGCAGCAUUAUCUAUGGAAAUGAUACUUUUAUUUUGUCUUCAGAAACUGCAACAUUGUUUUUUGCUAACAUCUAUCUAUCUAUCUAUCUAUCUAUCUAUCUAUCUAUCUAUCUAUCUAUCUAUCUAUCUAUCUAUCUAUCUAUCUAUCUAUCUAUCUAUCUAUCUAUCUAUCUAUCUAGAUCAAUAUUUGUCUAAUGGUAUUUAAUUCACAUAAGGUUAUUAGUCAAAGAGAAUGAAAUCACUUUAGUAAUGGUAUGGCUAGUAAAGGUAUGAACAAAUAAAACUAAUAUAGGAUUUCUCAUGUUCUGCUCAUAUGAUUAAUUAAGGUUAAUUGGAGGUAAUUGUAGUAUUACAAUAUCAAUUAAUAUGUACCUAUAGAUGUAAAUUCUCUCCGACUUCAUGCAAAAAUAAACACAACA